UGUAGGGCGGGCGCUGCGGCGGCCGCGGCUGCUGCUUCCUCGGGCCAUUUUGCUGUGGCGCGGCGGGGAGGAGGAGUCGCCGAGGAGACCCCGGGCAAGGAGCUGCGAGCCAGAGGAGGCCGCGCGGGCUCCGGGCUUUCCGCGGUCGCGGGGAUCUCGGGGGGCAAGGGGAUCGCCGGGGAAGGGGACCGGAGAGCCGCGCCCGCCGCGCGGAGCGCCCCUUCGCGGCCCCUGCACCAUGAGCUGGGGCACCGAGCUCUGGGAUCAGUUUGACAACUUAGAAAAACACACACAGUGGGGAAUUGAUAUUCUUGAGAAAUAUAUCAAAUUCGUGAAAGAGAGGACAGAGAUUGAACUCAGCUAUGCAAAGCAACUCAGGAAUCUUUCAAAGAAGUAUCAACCUAAAAAGAACUCGAAGGAGGAAGAAGAAUACAAGUAUACGUCAUGUAAAGCUUUCAUUUCCACCCUGAAUGAAAUGAAUGAUUAUGCUGGGCAGCAUGAGGUUAUCUCCGAGAACAUGGCGUCACAGAUCAUUGUGGACUUGGCACGCUACGUUCAGGAACUGAAACAGGAGAGGAAAUCGAAUCUCAGUUCCACCCCAGAGCUUCUUGAUCAGGGUUUGUUACAGAAAAAGGAGCCUGUUGGCCAGGAGUGGUGGCCCACGCCUGUAGUCCCAGGACUUCACGGGAUGCCGAGGCUGGCAGAUCACCUGAGAUCAGGAGUUCAAGACCAGCCUGGCCAGCAUGGCGAAACCCCAUCUCUAUUUAUUGAAGAAAAGAGUUUUAGUCUUUCUGCCCGUGGAUACCGCCGAAGAAGCAUCGUUAAAGCCUCUCUUCUCCCUGUGAUCAUGUCUAAGUCAGAGUCUCCUAAAGAGCCGGAACAGCUGAGGAAGCUCUUCAUUGGAGGGUUGAGCUUUGAAACAACCGAUGAGAGCCUGAGGAGCCAUUUUGAGCAAUGGGGAACGCUCACUGACUGUGUGGUGAUGAGAGAUCCAAACACCAAGCGCUCCAGGGGCUUUGGGUUCGUCACGUAUGCAACUGUGGAGGAAGUGGAUACAGCCAUGAACGCAAGGCCACACAAAGUGGAUGGAAGAGUUGUGGAAGCAAAGAGAGCUGUCUCAAGAGAAGAUUCUCAAAAACCAGGUGCCCACUUAACUGUGAAAAAAAUAUUCGUUGGUGGCAUUAAAGAAGACACUGAAGAACAUCACCUAAGAGAUUAUUUUGAACGAUAUGGAAAAAUUGAAGUGAUUGAAAUCAUGACUGACAGAGGCAGUGGCAAGAAAAGGGGCUUUGCCUUUUUAGGAAAGCCCUGUCAAAGCAAGAGAUGGCUAGUGCUUCAUCCAGCCAAAGAGGUCGAAGUGGUUCUGGAAACUUUGGUGGUGGUCGUGGAGGUGGUUUCGGUGGGAAUGACAACUUUGGUCGUGGAGGAAACUUCAGUGGCCGUGGUGGCUUUGGUGGCAGCUGUGGUGGUGGUGGAUAUGGUGGCAGUGGGGAUGGCUAUAAUGGAUUUGGUAAUGAUGGUGGUUAUGGAGGAGGUGGCCCUGGUUACUCUGGAGGAAGCAGAGGCUCUGGAAGUGGUGGACAGGGUUAUGGAAACCAGGGCAGUGGCUAUGGCGGGCGUGGCAGCUAUGACAGCUGUCACAACGGAGGCGGAGGCGGCUUUGGCGGUGAGUAAAAGGCGAUUUGAACGCGAUUGCAAAGAGGCGGACAGGGCGCAGCAGUACUUUGAGAAAAUGGACGCUGACAUCAACGUCACAAAAGCAGAUGUUGAAAAGGCCCGACAACAAGCUCAAAUACGUCACCAAAUGGCAGAGGACAGCAAAGCAGAUUACUCAUCCAUUCUCCAGAAAUUCAAUCAUGAGCAGCAUGAAUAUUACCAUACUCACAUCCCCAACAUCUUCCAGAAAAUACAAGAGAUGGAGGAAAGGAGGAUUGUGAGGAUUGGAGACUCCAUGAAGACGUACGCGGAGGUUGAUCGGCAGGUGAUACCCAUCAUUGGGAAGUGCUUGGAUGGAAUAGUAAAAGCAGCCGAGUCCAUCGAUCAGAAAAAUGAUUCACAGCUGGUAAUAGAAGCUUAUAAAUCAGGGUUUGAGCCUCCUGGAGACAUUGAGUUUGAGGAUUACACUCAGCCAAUGAAGCGUACCGUGUCCGAUAACAGCCUUUCAAAUUCCAGAGGAGAAGGCAAACCAGACCUCAAAUUUGGUGGCAAAUCCAAAGGAAAGUUGUGGCCGUUCAUCAAAAAGAAUAAGUCUCCCAAGCAGCAAAAGGAACCCCUCUCCCACCGCUUCAACGAGUUCAUGACCUCCAAACCCAAAAUCCACUGCUUCAGGAGCCUAAAGCGUGGGCUUUCUCUCAAGCUGGGUGCGACACCAGAGGAUUUCAGCAACCUCCCACCUGAACAAAGGAGGAAAAAGCUGCAGCAGAAAGUCGAUGAGUUAAAUAAAGAAAUUCAAAAGGAGAUGGAUCAAAGAGAUGCCAUAACAAAAAUGAAAGAUGUCUACCUAAAGAAUCCUCAGAUGGGAGAUCCAGCCAGUUUGGAUCACAAAUUAGCAGAAGUCAGCCAAAAUAUAGAGAAACUGCGACUAGAAACCCAGAAAUUUGAGGCCUGGCUGGCUGAGGUUGAAGGCCGGCUCCCAGCACGCAGUGAGCAGAUGCGCCGGCAGAGCGGACUGUACGACAGCCAGAACACACCCACCGUCAACAACUGCGCCCAGGACCGCGAGAGCCCAGAUGGCAGUUACACAGAGGAGCAGAGUCAGGAGAGUGAGGUGAAGGUGCUGGCCACGGAUUUUGACGACGAAUUUGAUGAUGAGGAGCCCCUCCCUGCCAUAGGGACGUGCAAAGCUCUCUACACGUUUGAAGGUCAGAAUGAAGGAACGAUUUCCGUAGUUGAAGGGGAAACACUGUACGUCAUAGAGGAAGACAAAGGCGACGGCUGGACCCGCAUCCGGAGGAAUGAAGAUGAAGAGGGCUAUGUCCCCACUUCCUAUGUCGAAGUCUAUUUGGACAAAAAUGCCAAAGGUGCUAAGACUUAUAUUUAAUAUGAUUAAAAAAAAAAAAAACUUAAAAAAAAUGGAGUUGUUUCUCCCCACAACUGUGACUGUUACAGGCAGUUCUUCAAGAGACUGGCUGGCAAGCACCACAGUGCCGUGUUCCUGUAGUCUCACGGUGGACUUCAGGGCCCGGGCACCUGAAUUGCCUUGUCUUGUUUGGGCUAUGAUCAAGUUUCACUUGCUGAUGAAAAUUAUGUGGAAAGCUGCCACCUGCCAAUUUACAACUGUGUCAUUCGACAUCUGAUAAACAUUUCUUCUUUUGGCCGCAUCUGUAGAUAAAAAUAAGUUGCACUGUAGCUUCUAAUUAAUCUUUCUGAAUUUAAAAGCCGGCACACAUCCUGGAGGUGCAAAAGACUUCCCUUCUCUUGUUCAUAUCUAGUGUCCACCAUACAUUGAGCUACAUUAGGAGACUACACAUUAUAAGUGAACAAAUUGAACUGUGCUAGUUUGUUAAAUGGUAUACUCAUUCACUUGGGAGGAAGUCACAAGUAAAGACCGUCUCCUCCUUCUUGACUAAAGCAGUAAAUAAGAUUCUUAGGUUGGCA